GUCGAAGCCUCCCCACCAGCCUCUCAUCCACGAUUUCCAGUCCUCCUGAGCCGCAGCUGCCCGCUGCACUAUGUGGUCCCUGGGCUUCCUGCUCCUCUUCCUCACUGGGCAGCCGACGGGGCAGUGGGACUCCAAGGGUGCCUGGUGCUACGACUCCCAGGACCCCAAGUGUGGACCUACUCAUUGGAAGGAGUUAACCCCUGCUUGUGGGGGCCCAGCCCAGUCCCCCAUCAACAUUGAUCUUCACUUAGUCCAGAAGGACUCCACUCUUGGGCCUUUCAUCUUUCAAGGUUAUGAUUCAGCACCUCCAGGCCCUUGGACCCUGGAGAAUGAUGGCCAUACAGUGCUCCUUCGAGUUAACCCUGGUCCGCAAAGCCUCCUGGUCAUUGGAGGGGCUGGGAUGCCAUCACCCCAAUACCAACUGCUGCAGCUGCAUUUCCACUGGGGUGGGCCAGGACACAAAGGCUCUGAACACAGCAUAGAUGGGCAGUACUCUUCCAUGGAGAUGCAUAUGGUCCACAUGAACACCAAGUAUCAAAGAAUAGAGGAGGCUCGAAGCCACCCAGAUGGGCUUGCUGUGCUGGCUGUGCUGUUGGCGGAACAGGACGACGUCAAUACCAACUUCUCUCCCAUUGUGUCAGGCCUGAGAAACGUAUAUUUGCCUGGAGUCUCCGUGAAUCUGACGUCCACCUUCCCGCUGGCCUCGCUGCUGCCCAGUGCCUCGGGGCUCUUGCGCUACUAUCGCUACUCUGGGUCCCUGACCACUCCGGGCUGCGAACCCGCGGUGCUCUGGACCGUCUUCGAAAACGCCGUGCCCAUUGGACGAGCGCAGGUAGCCCAAUUCCAGACCGUGCCCCAGGCCAGUACACCGGGUUUGCACCCCAGGCCACUCACGGAUAAUUUCCGCCCCCAACAGCCUCUUGCGGGGCGCAAGAUAUCCGCCUCCCCUGGAGCGUCCAUUCGGGCAGUAGCCCCACCCCCAACCCACACUUUGACCGGUUUACAGUGGGCUCUACUGGGCUUGGGGCUUGGCCUGGUGUUCUGGCAGGGCCCCUGGGGUCCAGGCAUGACCUUCUUACAAUAAAUGAUCCACAAAGUG